AUGGGCCACAUAGAAGAAGUGUGUAAGAGCAAUUUAGGCAAUCUUGCAGAGGAACCAAUUUCUGAAGAUAUUGAUGGACAACAAAGUGUAAGACUCGAUGAAUUUGAAGCAUUUACAGAUGAUUAUUCAACUUAUGCUGAAUUUGAUGCUGAGUACAGUGUACCGAAUGGUGAAGACAAUCAAGUAGAAAUGGAAAUUCUAGAGGGCAUGGUAAGUGAUGAUAGUGGAGAUGCUUUCUAUAGUGAGAAUGAAGAUGGUUUUGAUUAUAGUGCAGAUGAUUCUGAUGAUAGUGACUACAUUGUACAUGAGUCUAACAUGCAAUUUGAUGUGGAUGUAGACAUGAGUGAAUUCCAAAGUCAUGUGGAUGUAGAUGAACAUGGAAUUUUAAACAAGCAAACUGAAAGUAUAGGUAAUGACAUAGUUGAUGAAGAGUUGGAAGUUAUUCAAAGUGAUGAUUAUCAGUAUGCAGGAUUUAAUGAAGAUGAAAGGACAAAAAUGCUUAAGGAGUUGAGUAGGUCAACUCCAUGCUCACAUGGGGAGAUCCAUUUAAAACCAUAUAGGGUGGGGCAGUGUUUCAAAACAAAGAAGGAAGUUGUGGACUACAUGCAUGCACAUGCUGUAAAUACAAGGAGGUCCCUAUACUUAGCAAAAAAUGAUAAAAUCAGGGUCAAAUGUGGAGGUGUUGUGGGCCAAUCUACUGAAACAGUUCAAUGUGGUGGGCCAUCAACAAGAAACAAAAGGGGAUAA